AUGUCGGAUAAUAAGGUUGAGGAAGGUGAUAAAGUUUCCUGGAAUUGGGGUGGCGCAAAACCAGAUGGGAUUGCAGCAGAAAUCAAGGCAAGCGAGGUUUCAGUCACGAGUCAUCGCGGAAAUGAAAUUAAGAAGACAGGGGAUGAGAGUGAUCCGGCGGUUCAUAUUGAGAGGAGUGGAAAUGAUGUUGUGAAGAAGGUUAGUGAGUUGAAUGUGGAGGAGAAGGGAGGUGCUGGGGAUGAGGAGGAGGAGGAAAAGAAGGAGAAGGAGGAGGAGAAGGAGGUAGAGAUAGAGGAGAAGGAUGUAGAGACAGAGGAGGAGAAGGCAGAUACAGAGGAAAAGGAGGUAGAGAUAGAGGAGAAGGAUGUAGAGACAGAGGAGGAGAAGGCAGAUACAGAGGAAAAGGAGGUAGAGAUAGAGGAGAAAGAGGCAGAUACAGAGGAGAAGGAGGUAGAGAUAGAGGAGAAGGAGGAGGAGGCGGACGAGACAAAUGAUGAGACCAAGGGAGAGGAGGAGGACAAAGUCAAUGGUGAAGUUGAGGCCGAGGAGAAUAAAGAUAAGGUCAAUGAGAAUGUCGAAUCUACGGAGGAAGACAAGAAGGAAGAAGAUGUUGAGAUGAAGGAUGAUGAGGAGAAGAGUGAGGAGAAAAAGACCGAGGCAAACGUUAACGCCGAGGAAGAGAAUGACAAGGAGGACGACAAGAAAGAUUCAAGCGACAAACAGGACGAAUCCAAAGCUGAGGUACAAACCGGAGGAAAGCGAAAGAGAGACGAGACACCCGAAUUGGACGGCGAGGCAGAAGACGAGAAAGUUACCAAGAAGCAAAAGACCAAUAAUGCUUCCAACGGCACUGUUAAUGGUACCGCCGAAAAGAAGAAGCCUGGCAGACCAAAGGGUGCUUCUACAUCCAACGGUACACCUGCGAAGAAAGAAAAGAAAAUUCCUGCUGUUGGUCAAGCCCAAAGACAAACGAGAAGCCAAGCGCGCAAGUAA